GAAUCUGUGAAGUUAAACGACUUGCUUUGUUUCGUAUUUAAUGCUCUACGCGUAAACUUCUUCCUUGGAGUCUGACAAUAGAGACUGGUGUGGCUAAUGGCUUUGGGCCACGGUUUGACCAGUGGUUCUUUGCUUGAGUUCCUCGCGUUUACGCUUUACGCGAUGCUGGAUAGUCUUCUUGCCUCGGCGCAACAUGCCAUUGCUUCUUUCUAUUUAUUACUCGGGGCUUCACGUCAUUGUGCGCCUUAUAAUCUUCAGUCUACCUGCAGGCUUUAGCAUCCAAUCGCUCUAAUGUAUUGCUCCAAAAGGCUUCGAAUAAACCAUUCAUCAUCAUAUAUUCGUCCUUUAUCUAUUCCUUCUUCUUCUCGAAACCUUUCAUCAUAUAUUGAUCCUUAUUCCAAGGUGUACGAUGUAUUCCUCAGUUUUAGGGGCGAAGACACCCGUAAUAAUUUUACCGACCAUCUAUAUCAGGCUUUGGUUGAUAAAGGGAUUAGCACCUUUAAGGAUGAUGAAAAAAUUGAGAUUGGAAUACCCAUUUCCCAGGAACUCUUGGAUGCAAUUGAGAAAUCGAGCAUGGCAGUCAUCGUGUUGUCAAGAAAUUAUGCAUCUUCCCCAUGGUGCUUAGAAGAACUUGCAAGAAUUAUUGACUGCAUGAAAGAGAGGGAGAUGAGAGUUUUGCCCAUUUUCUACCAGGUGGAUCCUAGUGAUGUGAGACAUCAGACGGGCACUUUUGCAGAUGCCUUCACCGGACAUGAGAUACGUUUUGAGAAGGACUCGGAGAAGGUGCGAACAUGGAGAAAUGCUUUGCGAGAAGUGGCAAAACUCUCCGGACGCCAUUUACAGAAUAGGGGUGAGUCAGAGUUUAUAAAAAUCAUUGUUGACGGUAUAUUUCGUGAAUUGAGUGAUACACUCUCGAUUGUUGAUGAGGGUAACCUUAUUGGAAUAAUAUAUCCCGUUAGAGAAUUAUUGGUUUCGCAUCUACAACUGAGGCAAAAUGAUGAUGAAGUACGCUUUAUAGGACUAUGCGGGAUGAGUGGGAUAGGCAAGACAACUCUUGCGCGAGUUGUAUUUCAACGAUUCCGUUCUAGAUUUCAAGCUUGCAGCUUUCUCGAAAAUGUUAGUGCAGAAUGUAAUGUGGAUGCUUUGCUAGAAAAACUCCUUUCUGACAUGAAGUUGAGGAGUGAAAAAGAUAAGUGGGAUGCAAGUAAGGGAAGGGCGGUGAUAAAGAAUAGACUGCGUUUCAAGAAGGUUCUUAUUGUUCUUGAUGAUGCUGAUAAAAAAGAACAAUUAGAAACAUUAGUGGGGAAUUGCGAUUGGUUCGGCAUGGGGAGUAGAAUUAUUAUAACCACGAGAGAUAAGCAUUUGUUGAUAAGCCUUGGAGUGCCAAAUGACAAUAUAUACAUGGUUAAAGGAUUGAAUGAAUAUAGUAAAGAUCUUGAUUUGAAGCUCUUUUGUCUAGAAGCCUUCGGCAAACCCGAUUGUGGAAUAGAUUUUUUGGAAAGAUGCAACGAUUUUGCACGUUAUGCUAGAAUAGAUUUUUUGGAUCUAUGCCUAGAUUUUGUAGGCUAUGCUAGUGGCCAUCCGCUAGCACUUAAAGUCUUGGGAUCCUCUUUAUUUGGAAAAGGAAGAGAGGUAUGGCAAAGUGCUCGAGAUAAAUUAGAAGCAAUUCCUAAUAGGGAUAUUCAGAAAAUACUUCAGAUUGGUUUUGAUGCACUCGACGACACAGAGAAAAAAUUAUUUUUGGAUAUUGCGUGUUUCUUUGAUGGUGAUUACAAAGAUCGAGUAAUUGAUCUACUGGAAGGUUUAGGUUGCUACCCCACCAUUGAUAUUGAGACUCUUGUUGACAAAUCUCUCCUUACCAGUUCUGGAAAAAGAUUGCGGAUGCAUAAUUUACUGCAAAGAAUGGGUUGGGAAAUUGUUCGUUGUGAACACCGUUGGAAUCCCGAAAAAAGGAGUAGAUUAUGGCUUUCUAAUGAUAUCCUUCAAGUGCUAGAAGAAAAUACGGGAACAGAUAAAGUUGAGGGCAUAAUGCUGAAUACACCAUCCCGUGAAGCACAGUUGAAUGCUAAUGCCUUCUCAAAGAUGAAAAAGCUAGGACUGCUUAAAAUCUGUAAUGUGCACCUUCCUGCAGGCCUUGAAUAUCUUUCUAAUAAGUUACAUUUGUUGGAAUGGCAUGACUAUCCUUUGACUUCCAUGCCAAAUAAUUUCCAGCCACACAACCUUGUCGAACUCAUUAUGCCUCGUUGUUGCUUUAAGCAACUGCCCAAGGGAUUUAGUAACUUGAACAAGUUGAAAGUCCUUGACCUCAGUAACUCCCAAAACUUAAUCAAGACUCCUGAUUUCACUGGUUUCUCAAAUCUUCAAAGGCUGAUUCUCCAAGGUUGUACUAGAUUGUACGAAGUGCAUCCAUCUAUGGGAGUUCUCAAUCGACUUAUUCUAUUAAAUCUCAAAGAUUGCCAGAGUCUAGCUAGCCUUCCAUGCGAGAUCAACUUGGAAUCUCUAAAAACUGUUAUCCUAUCUGGCUGUUCAAGCCUCGUUAAGUUUCCAAAGAUUGGGAAAAAUAUGAAACGUUUGGCAGAGCUUUACUUGGACAAGAUGGCCAAGACGGCGAUUAAAGAGCUACUAUCAUCAAUUCAGAAUCUAACUGGCCUGACUUUACUAAAUCGUUCCGGUUGGAAGGAUCAUCCAUCUAGAUCAUGGCAUUCGUUGCUCUACCUCUCAGCACUAACCUCAUUAGUAGCUCUAGACUUGAGUGAUUGCAAUCUAUCAGACGGAGCAAUCCCUGGCAAUCUUAGCGGCUUAUCUGCACUGGAGUCUCUAAUUUUGAGCAGAAACAAUUUUACAUGCUUGCCUGAUAGCAUUUCUCAGCUUUCCAAGCUCAAAUCCCUCUACUUGGAUAAUUGUAGCAAGCUGAAAUUAUUGCCCAAUCUUCCCACGGGUACAAAAUUAGUAAUGGCAAGAGAAUGUUCUUCACUUGAAAAUUGUUCAAAUCAAGUUACAUUGUGGACUUCAUAUGAAACAGAAGAAUUCACAAUUAUUAACUGCCUCAGCUCUGUUGAUGAUGAAAAAUCCGAAGUUUCUUUCCAAGAUCUGAACCUCCAUCUGGACUUCCAGCCACGGUGGAGGCCAUACGAAGAGGAGCCAAUUCGGCAUGGCAAAGGAUUUCUUAGCCCACUACCCGAUACUCAAAUUCCAAACUGGUUCCACCGUCAGAACUACGGGUCAUCUGUAUCAAUCCCAUUACCACCUGAUCUAUCCAAAAAUAGUAGUUGGAGAGGAAUUGCAGUGUACACUGUUUUUGAAGUCGAGAAAAAUUUGGGCAACGUUUCUCCUGGUCAGAAAUCACAUAAUGUUCAUGAGUUGAUAUAUCACUUUGACAUGCAGGAUGGAGCCGAUCUUGAAGAUUGUACCAUAUUCUUUCAUUCCCCUAAAGACCAAAGCGGUGUUGAUUUGUAUAGACUCUGUCUAUAUAUCUCGCAUGCGAGGUUUAGGGAUCUUUUAGACAGAUGUAGCUGCAUUAGCCCUUCAAUUUCAACCAAUAGCCCAAGUGUUCAGUUUAAAGCAUGUGGCGCUCGAAUUCUCUAUGAACACGAUAUGGAAGAGUUUAUACAUAUUUUAAGCCAAAAAGGUCACGGUAUCCGUAACUCGCCGACUUCUCAAGACAUUGAGCAUUUCAAGAGACGUUUCCUUGGAGAUGGGACUGCGAAACUGCAGGACUUUGAUGGAAACUCCGUAUACAAUUUGUGUUCUUAUAAGUCAAUUCAAAAGUUGUUCACCUCUAUAAGCAAAGAUCCCUUGGUGACAUUUGAUUCACCCAAAAACUGGUACAAGGAUGGGACUUGCUCUAUACGCUUCCUUUUGUCCCCAGGGCCACUUUACGAUAGUUCCUAAUAAGUACCACCUUAAUUUGUCUUUGAAAACCGAUAUGGGUAGUCUGGAACGUUUCCAGACCCAUUGCCUCACCGAUGAAGAUCUCGAGUGUUUUCUGAAAGACGGAUUGGAAUGGCUAUGUUAUAUGCCGCGUGGGUCGUUUCCAGAUUGGUUGAAUGGGUGCUCUUUCAUUGAGGCUUCAAUUGCAACCGACUACCCCGGCUCAAUGAUGCUCAUGCACCAGUGUGGGUUCCGUCUUGUGUUCCAACAUGACGUUUUGUUUCAGGAAAUGGUACAAAUUCUAGAUGCAUGCCCUGACGAACGCCGGUUGUAAGACGAACGCCGGUUGAAAUUUGAAUCCUUUUCGUCGUCGAGUUCCGGUGCGCAGAUGACAUGGCAUUGAUUAAUGAAACGGUGCGGAUCGCGUUUCGCGGGAGACGAAAUUGAAAACAGAACGAAAAAACCUGUCAGGAAAAGGCUUUCAUCGCACCCACUAGUCGUACGCGCACACACGACCCGACUGACUGAUUAACAAACCGAGCCAGCCUGAUGGCGACUCACCGGUGGCUUCUGUUCCGCCGGCGAACCCGGGUUUGGAAAAUGGCCCAGCAGCUCCGCUGGACCGCCAGCGUCUCCGGGAACUGAUAUGAUCGGAAUAUGCUUCAGGAACCAGCUGUGGCUGAACACCUACCCUCUCGACGGCAACCUCGUCUUCGAUUACUUCGCCCUCUCACCCUUCUACGACUGGACCUGCAACAACGAGCAGCUUCGCAUGCGCUCCAUUCACCCACUCGAUCUCUCCCACCUCUCCAUUUUGUAUUGUAGGUGAGAGAAUUGCAUACUCGGUUGGUGCAAAUUUUACUCCCCAUGUGAUCACUGUUAAUGCUGGUGAGGUAUGCCCUGACAAAUAUAUGUGAAAUGAAACCUGGUGUCGGUUGCUAAAUUUCCAAUUUCGAAUGAUUGAUUUCAUCGUUAGGGAUUUGUUGGACUGGUUCUAACUAUUGUUUUGUGCCAGCAAGCAGGUUUGAAAUGGAAGGUCUUAUCAAUGGCAUAAAGUUUCUUAUUCCUGGAAACAUGGAGAUAUAGCUUAUGUAGAAACUAUUGCCAAUACUGUUACAAAAUACUUACGAAAUUUAUGACAUCAAUCUUGUGAAAUCCCUUUAUGUGUGGGUGUGUGUGUGUGAACCCCAGAAGUAAGAUGAUUGAUAAUUCCUUAUUGAAAUAUUUUUAUGGUGACUUCGUCUGUUACCAUGCAAAUAUUUAGUGUUAAUUUAUCUUGGAAUUCUCUAAGUUUCCGAUAUUCCUUCUGGUUGUUACAAGAUGUUACAAUGAAGGUUAUGUCCUUGUCCCGACAAGAAUCCCGUGCUAUAUGUAUCCUUUCUGCAAAUGGUACAAUUUCAAAUGUUACACUUCGGCAACCUACUUCUCUAGGGGGUACUUUAAUAUAUGAGUUUUGUGCAUGCAUUUCGAAAUUGCCUAAUUUGAUGGAAAUGAGCAAAUGCUGAUACUGGUGCAAGUGCCCAAUGGCGGGUGUGGUCUGGGAACCACACAGCUGAUCUUGUAUUCAUAUACAGAAACAAAAAGGGAGGGACCAAGAAGCCACCCAAUACUAGUGCAGAAGACUCUUUGGAAAUGGGGCUCCCAAAACCAAAUGAAGAAAAGAAAUCCAACACAAACAGAUCACUUGCUCAGUCAGAACAUGAUGUCUAAGACACAUGCAUGCAGCAUGGCGUACAAGGUUCAAGCUAGCCCCUAGCUUGGAUUGGACGACCACCUCGAUCAUUUUCAAUGAUCCUGUUUUCAAUUUUUAACUUGUUAGUAUCAAAUUUCACUUCUACAUGAUCUAGUGCUUUAAUCUUGUAAAGGAAAUUUGGGUGACCGGCUUAAAUAUUUAGACAUUCACCUCUUGUUGAUUUUGCUCUAGAAGUUGGAUAUUACCUGCUUAAAUAUAUGCUCCAAUUAGUGUUUGAAUCACAA